CUGCCAUCAAGAUGGUGGGCGAUGUCCCCUACCUUAUCUCAGAUCUGGAUCGGCGAGGCCAGCGGAGAUCCUUUGUAGAGAGAUAUGACCCCAGCCUGAAGACCAUGAUCCCAGUGAGACCCUAUGCAAGGUUGGCAACCAACCCCGUGGAUGAUGCAGGGCUGCUCUCCUUUGCCACAUUCUCCUGGCUCACGCCAGUGAUGGUGAGAGGCUACAAGCACACGCUGACUGUGGACAGCCUGCCCCCAUUGUCACCGUAUGACUCAUCUGACGUCAACGCCAAAAGACUUCAAAUCCUUUGGGAUGAAGAGGUAGAAAAGGUGGGUCCUGAGAAAGCCUCUCUGGGCCGUGUGGUCUGGAAAUUCCAGAGGACGCGUGUUUUGAUGGAUAUCGUGGCCAACAUCCUCUGCAUUAUCAUGGCGGCCAUAGGGCCGACGGUUCUCAUUCACCAAAUCCUCCAGCAGACUGAGAGCAUCUCCAGGAAGGUCUGGGUUGGCGUCGGCCUGUGCAUGGCCCUUUUCACCACUGAGUUUACCAAAGUCCUCUUUUGGGCCCUUGCCUGGGCCAUCAAUUAUCGCACGGCGAUCCGGUUGAAGGUGGCUGUCUCCACCCUGGUUUUCGAAAACCUGGUGUCCUUCAAGACGCUGACGCACGUGUCUGUUGGUGAGGUGCUCAAUGUGCUAUCAAGUGACAGUUAUUCCUUGUUUGAAGCUGCCUUGUUCUGUCCCCUGCCAGCCACCAUCCCUAUCCUAAUGGCAGUCUGCGCCGUCUAUGCCUUCUUCAUCCUGGGGCCCACAGCUCUCAUCGGGAUAGCCGUGUAUGUGAUAUUCAUCCCCAUCCAGAUGUUUAUGGCUAAGCUCAAUUCAGCUUUCCGAAGAUCAGCAAUUUUGGUGACAGACAAGCGAGUUCAGACAAUGAAUGAGUUUCUGACCUGCAUCAAACUGAUUAAAAUGUACGCCUGGGAGAAAUCUUUUACCAACACCAUUCGAGGUAUAAGGAAGAGGGAAAGGAAAUUACUGGAAAAAGCUGGAUUUGUCCAAAGUGGAAACUCAGCGCUGGCCCCCAUUGCAUCCACCAUAGCCAUUGUGCUGACAUUCACCUGCCACAUCCUCCUAAGACGCAAGCUAACCGCUCCAGUGGCAUUUAGUGUGAUUGCCAUGUUUAAUGUAAUGAAGUUUUCGAUUGCAAUCCUGCCUUUCUCGGUCAAAGCAGCGGCCGAAGCCAAUGUUUCUCUAAUGAGGAUGAAGAAAAUUCUCAUUGCUAAAAGCCCCCCAUCUUACCUCACCCAACCAGAAGACCCAGAUACUGUCUUGCUUUUAGCAAAUGCCACCUUGACAUGGGAGCAAGAAGUCAGCAGGAAAAGUGAUCUAAACAAAGUGCAGAAUCAGAAAAAGAAUUUUCUCCAGAAACAAAGGCCAGAAGCAUACAGUUUGAGUCCAUCAGCCCAGGGAGUCACUGACCCAGAGGAGCAACAUGGCAGCCCCAGAUCGGUUCUGCACAAUAUAAGCUUUGUGGUGAGAAAGGGGAAGGUCUUGGGAAUCUGCGGGAAUGUUGGCAGUGGGAAGAGCUCCCUCAUUGCCGCUCUCCUAGGACAGAUGCAGUUACAACAAGGGAUUGUGGCCGUCAGCGGGACUCUGGCCUAUGUUUCCCAGCAAGCUUGGAUCUUUCAUGGAAAUGUGCGAGAAAACAUAUUAUUUGGAGAAAAGUAUGAUCACCAAAGGUAUCAGCACACAGUUCGUGUCUGUGCCCUCCAGGAGGACCUGAGGAGCCUCCCUUAUGGAGACCUGACUGAGAUUGGGGAGCGGGGCCUCAACCUGUCUGGGGGGCAGAGGCAGAGGAUCAGCCUGGCCCGCGCCGUCUACUCGAACCAUGAGAUCUACCUGCUGGAUGACCCCUUGUCGGCCGUGGACGCCCACGUGGGGAAGCACGUCUUUGAGGAGUGCAUUAAGAAGGCGCUCAGGGGGAAGACCAUCGUCCUGGUGACCCACCAGCUGCAGUUUUUGGAGUCUUGUGAUGAAGUCAUCUUGUUGGAAGACGGAGGGAUUUGUGAAAAGGGAACCCACAAAGAGUUAAUGGAGGAGAGAGGACGCUAUGCAAAACUGAUUCACAGCCUGCGAGGGUUGCAAUUCAGGGAUCCUGAGCACAUUUACAAUGCAGCCAUGGUGGAAGCCCUCAAGGAGAGCCCUGCCGAGAGAGAGGAAGAUGCUGUUGUGGCGCCAGGAGAUGAGGAAAAGGAAGGAAAAGAACCUGAAACGGAAUCAGAAUUCGUAGACACAGAAGCUCCUCUGCACCAGCUCAUCCAGACGGAGUCCCCCCGGGAAGGGACUGUGACCUGGAAAACGUAUCACACGUACAUUAAGGCUUCUGGAGGGUACCUCCUCUCUCUCUUCGUGGUGUCCCUUUUCCUCCUGAUGAUUGGCAGCUCCGCUUUCAGCAACUGGUGGCUGGGGCUCUGGCUGGACCAGGGCUCACAGUGUGGGCCUCAGGGCAACACAGGAACGUGCGAGGUCGGCGCGGUGCCGGUGGACACCGGGCCGCGGGGGCACCAGUGGGUGUACAUGGGGAGCAUGGUGUCCGUGCUGCUGUUUGGUGUCACCAAAGGCUUCGCCUUCACCAAGACCACGCUGACGGCAUCCUCCUCACUGCAAGACCGAGUGUUUGACAAGGUCCUGGAGAGCCCGAUGAGCUUCUUUGACAGGACUCCCACCGGCAGGCUAAUGAACCGCUUUUCCAAGGACAUGGACGAGCUAGACGUGAGGCUGCCGUUUCACGCCGAGAACUUUCUGCAGCAGUUUUUCAUGGUGCUGUUUAUUCUCGUGAUAUUGGCUGCUGUGUUUCCUGCUGUCCUUUUAGUCCUGGCCGGCCUUGCUGUAGGCUUCUUCAUUCUUUUACGCAUUUUCCACCGAGGAGUCCAAGAGCUCAAGAAGGUGGAGAACAUCAGCCGGUCGCCCUGGUUCUCCCACGUCACCUCCACCAUGCAGGGCCUGGGAACCAUCCAUGCCUAUGACAAGAGGGAAGACUGCGUCGACAAGUUUAAGAUGCUAAAUGACAAAAACUGCAGCCACCUCCUGUACUUCAACUGUGCUCUCAGGUGGUUUGCUCUAAGAAUGGAUGUCCUCAUGAACAUCGUCACUUUCAUUGUGGCCUUGUUGGUGACCCUGAGUUUUUCCUCAAUCAGUGCUUCAUCCAAAGGCUUGUCAUUGUCUUACAUCAUCCAGCUGAGCGGACUGCUCCAGGUGUGCGUGCGCACCGGCGCCGAGACCCAGGCCAAGUUCACCUCCGUGGAGCUGCUCCGGCAGUACAUUUCGACCUGUGUUCCUGAAUGCACUCUCCCUCUCAAAGUGGGGACCUGUCCCCACGACUGGCCCAGCCAUGGGGAGAUAACGUUCAAAGACUAUCAGAUGCGAUACAGAGACAAUACCCCUCUUGUUCUCGACGGGCUGAACUUGAACAUCCAAAGUGGGCAGACGGUUGGGAUUGUCGGCAGAACGGGUUCUGGAAAGUCGUCAUUGGGAAUGGCUUUGUUUCGUCUGGUGGAGCCCGCCAGUGGCACGAUCAUCAUUGAUGGCGUGGAUAUCUGCACGGUCGGUUUGGAAGACCUCAGAACCAAGCUGACCGUGAUACCCCAGGAUCCUGUCCUGUUUAUAAUGAAGCUCCCGGAAAAAUUACAGGCAGAAGUCACAGAAAAUGGAGAAAACUUCUCAGUAGGGGAGCGCCAGCUGCUUUGUAUGGCCCGAGCGCUUCUCCGUAAUUCAAAAAUCAUUCUCCUUGAUGAAGCCACUGCCUCCAUGGACUCUAAGACUGACACCCUUGUUCAGAGCACCAUCAAAGACGCCUUCAAAGACUGCACAGUGUUGACCAUCGCCCACCGCCUCAACACAGUCCUCAACUGUGACCUCGUCCUGGUCAUGGAAAACGGGAAGGUGGUCGAGUUUGACAAGCCUGAAGUCCUUGCUGAGAAGCCAGAUUCUGCAUUUGCUAUGUUACUGGCAGCAGAAAAUAAACUCCGACUGUAAACAUCCCUGCUGGGGCCACGUCACAUGCUUUUA